GCCUGUAUCACUUCCAUUGGAACAGAUGGAUCUGUCUCUGUUUAUAGUCUUCGUGAGUCUGCCCUCCUCUUGCGUGCCUCACAUCCAAACAUAUCUUCUGAAAAUGCAGUGCUCGCACUCGGCUGGAGGAUACCAGAAGAUUUAUUGCUUGUUUACUUCGUGGAUGGCAGCCUCUUUGUUUGGGAUGUCAGUUUUGGAGUGCUGGAUAGGUAGGCCUACCUAA